AGUGCCCGGAUGUGGGUGACGUGCGGCCGCCAUCUUCCCGUCCCGGGCAGCCAGCGCCAGUCGGAGCCAGCGCGAGCCGCCGCCGUCGCCGCCGCCGCCGCCGCCGCCGCCGCAGCUGCCGAGUCGCCCGCCCGCCGACCCCGCCAUGUCGGCUACCGCUGCCACCGCCCCCCCUGCCGCCCCGGCUGGGGAGGGGGGCCCCCCUGCGCCCCCUCCAAACCUCACCAGUAACAGGAGACUGCAGCAGACCCAGGCCCAGGUGGAUGAGGUGGUGGACAUCAUGAGGGUGAACGUGGACAAGGUCCUGGAGCGGGACCAGAAGCUGUCAGAGCUGGACGACCGUGCAGAUGCACUCCAGGCAGGGGCCUCCCAGUUUGAAACCAGUGCAGCCAAGCUCAAGCGCAAAUACUGGUGGAAAAACCUCAAGAUGAUGAUCAUCUUGGGAGUGAUUUGCGCCAUCAUCCUCAUCAUCAUCAUCGUUUACUUCAGCUCUUAAACCCCUGAGGAGCCUGCCCUGCCCAGAGAAGGGCCUCUCCCCACCUCUCCCCCCCAUCCCCAGCCGCUCCUUCACCUCUCAGCCAUAUCUUCCAGCUCCCCUCCCCUGGAUCCAUGUGUGUGUGUCCCCGUGUGUGUGCCCCCCCCCCUGUAAAUAGCCAGCUGUUAUUUAUACAUAUAUAAUAUUAUAUAUAUUUGGUCUGUUUGUAGUUUUAUUACUAGAAGAUUUUUCCGGUUGUCCUUAACUCCCCUCCCUGAGGUUCCCAUCUCUUCUCUUUUCCUCUUUCCCCUUCCCUCUCUUCCUGACCAGCCCUGAAUCCCUUCAUUUGCAUCUGCUAUGCAAUAGUUCCUCUUCCUCUCCUCCUUCCCCUGGAUUUAGCUGAUCCCUUCCUCUCCCCCUGGCCUUCCCUGUACCUCCACUCCCUACAAAACAAAAAAACAACAACAA